CUUAGACAAAGUAACAUCGCUUAAUAGCGAAACGAAAAGUAAAUUCGCCAUCGUCUCUGAGAUAACGAUAAACAUUUCCUAGCCAAUGUAACACUAUGGUCGUGAUCGUUGUGUCGAAUUCUUUAUUCGGCAAAAAACAAAAAUAUUGGUUAUGGUAUCGAAAAUCCAGCUGUCAGUGACAGUCAAAAAGUUCAAAUCGGAUCAAACCCGCGAGAUAUUGAUGUUUCAAAAUUUUAUUAAUAAGAAAGUGAGUGUUGCGUUUAAUUGUUUUUAAGUUAAAUAUAAACGAUAAUUUUGUUCAAACGAUGAUGGAUCUCUCUCUAUUUCUUAUCUAUUUAAAUGAUAAAACAUGGAAUCAAGAGUGCGAGCAAGUUCUGAACAAUUCGCAACGCUGCUCGAGUAUAUGGAAACGUAACGGCCUGUACAAUGUCCUUCUCGUGAUGACCUGCUCCCUCAUACUUCUUGCCAUCGGGAUAGACCUGUUCGGAUUUAGCCUGGUGGUGGCAGCAGCCUGUGAUCUUCAGUUGACCGUCGUGCAGAAAGGGAUCCUCACAUCUUUACCUUUUAUUGGUAUCCUCCUAGUCUCCUACCUAUGGGGCUAUGUCUCCGACACCAGGGGACGGAGGUUCACCCUCGUCAUCCCUCUGCUGCUGUCCUUCAUCCUGUCCUGCAUCAGCAGCCUCGCUCCACACUGGCUGUUCUUAGGACUCGUCAAGUUUCUUUGUGUUUGCUUUGCAUGUGCAGCUAAUUCUGCGACUUAUACCCUGGUAGGAGAGUCCUGUAUACAGAGGGUGAGGAACCGCUACAUGCUGCUCAUGACCUGCCUGAUUCUAUUGUCUCCUGCUGUGGCCGGCAUUUUGACCUACCCAACCUUGAAAUUAGACUUCGCAGUGGAAUUGACCUGGUUUAACAUCGUCUACAAACCCUGGAGGCUGCUCAUCGUAGUCCUAGCUCUCCCAUCAGGGAUAGGAGCAGCAGCCAUCUACUUCUUCUGCGAAUCUCCCAAGUUCCUCUUCAAUUCUGGCAGAAGCGAUGAGGCUUUAGAAGUACUGAGGCAUAUUUACAAAGUCAAUCAUAGAGGUUCCAAAGAAGAGUUUACGGUGCAUUCCCUGAGCUUAGGUGAUUACACGCCGAAGAAGCAGAUGAGUCUCCUCCGAGCCAUGUAUGAGCAGAGUGCCCCUCUCUUCAGACCGCCCUACGUGUGGAGGAGUGCACAGCUGUUCUACAUCGUCGCAGUCGUGUACAUCACGAACAACAGCUUCUUAGUGUGGCUCCCAUAUAUCCUAAACCUCAUCAGGCUGUCAAUGGACAGCGGGACUGCGACUGGAAAUAUCUGUGAGCUGAUCAGUACUAAGCCGUUAUCUAUUGGAAAUUCUACAAAGAAUAUAACCCACGAAGUCUGUACAGGCACCGUGGAACACAACGUGAUCCUGACCCUCAUUGCCUCUCAAUCAGUCUUCGCAUUCUUCAACUUCCUCAUCUCCUACCUUCAAAAUAGAAGAAGAUUAGUACUGAUCUGCAUCCUCUGCCUAUCCUCCAUCAGUGGGACGUGUCUCAACUUAGUGCCAGAGCCUAUCUCCAGCGUUUUCUUCUUUAUGGUCUUCACUUGUACUUGUUUGGGAAUGGGCAUCCUGGCUUCCUACUUUGUGGAUAUUUACCCUACUUCUUAUAGGGGUAUGGCUGCUUGCCUCAGCAUCAUGGUGGGUCGAAGCAGUACCUUCGUUGGUAUCAACGUGGUUGGCAACCUGAUAUUCCACCAUUGUCAGGUCACCUUCUACUUAUGGUCUCUGCUUGUUUUGACGAGUGCAGUAGCUGCCUGGUUCCUGCCUCCAGACAAGCCAGCAGUAUCAGACACAAAAAUCAAUGAGAGCCUAACAAUGUUGAAAAACCCAAAAAUUAAGUUGUCUGAGGCCAAUGAACCCGAACCGUGUUGAUGCUGAAAAUAAAAUAAUAAUAUAUCUUUUUGUUGACUUAGGGUUGAAAUUCCUCAUGAAUUCUAUCUUCCGUCAUCAGCUAUCUACGAUAGUCUGAAAUAUACUUACAAAGAACCUUGCAUUGGGCUUUUCGUAGAAAUCUAACCCCAUGUUGGGUCUUGUCGACACCAUUUUUGAAGGAUAUCAAUUUUCUAAGUCUCCAUAUAAUCUGUGAUUUAUUUUAUAUCGUAACAGUUAUAGUGAUAAUCUUUGAAGACAUAAAUUGUGACUGUAUAUACAUAUAUAUAUGUAGAUAAAAAAUAAAAUUAGUCUGAUCAGGAAUAGGG